AUGAGCGCAAAACACAACCUACACGUCGCGCACCAAAUCCCAGCUCAUAUCUCCCCCGCAUGGGUCAUCGCCGCGUUGCAUGAUCACGAGACAGCCCUCACCCUCCAGGCCCUUACCUGUGGUCACGAGAAAGCGCCCAGCACUGCCCCCUCGACCCUCAAAGACACGUACUGGUAUCCGCCCGACCAAUACCCCAUCACAACAUACCACGUCACCGAGUGCAUAACUUUGUUUCCGGGUAUCGGGCAGUAUGGUAAAAAGUACAUCACUUUCCCCAGCUGUUUCCAAGAUACAAGGCAGGGCAUAAAGACGCGUGCUGAUGCGGCGGCGGGUGUGAUAGUGAGGGCUGAGUUCAGGGUUGUCGCAAACGGUGAAGUGGGUAGUGAGGUUGAGGGUGAGGGCAUGGGCGUUGGUGAUGCGCAAUGGCUGUUAGUAGAGGAUGUGGAAGUCAGCUGCGCAUGGUGGCUGAUGCCUUUCGUAAAGGGCAAGAUGGAAGAGGCGCACCGGGAUGUCUGCAGGAAGGUCAUUGAGAAAACGGAGAAGAUGAGAAGCUUGGGCUGGGUGGGCAGAGACCCUGUCGCAUUCGGAGAACACGGUGUUGUGAGAAGGCAGGACAGUAAGAUAGAAGGCGCGGAAGAUAUACAUACAGGUUUUGCGCAGGAGACAAGGCAGCACUACGGGAAGCCACAACCUGUGGUGUUUGGGCAAACACAUCAGGAUGCGCCAGGGCCGGUCGAAGCGGAUGCGAUAGAGUCGCAGCGGAUAGAGAUGGCAGCUGAGCCAUUACCAGAUAAGAUCGUGUAUCGAUGA